AUGCCUAGCACCGUAAACUAUACACAUAUUAUUUUUGAUCUUGACGGUACACUUGUUGAUAGCCGUGAGCAUAUACUACGUUAUAACCGUGAUCUUUUUAAUUUUUUCAAACGUCCAUUUCCAGAAGACGAAGAAGAACUUUUUUAUACGUUAGAUAAAGAUGCACUUGAACGAAGAUUUUUCAAACCGGAGGAUGCAAACCAGUUAGCAACCUUUCGGAAGCAGAACCCUUAUAUCAAUCGCCUAAAUGAAAUAACACCUCUUCAAGGUGCGACACAUCUUUUAACAAAGCUGCACCAUCUGGAGGUACAUCUAGCUAUCGUCACCAACCGUGGGACAAGUACAAAGCGUUUACUAACACAAUUAGGCUGGUUACAUUUUUUUGAUUUUAUUGUCUCUGCUGAUAUGUUGAGCAACCCAAAACCACACCCUCAAGGUUUAAUUCAGUGUUUAUCAGGCUGGCAACAACAUCCCAAAGAUACAUUAUUUAUUGGUGAUAGCGCUAUAGAUGCAGAAGCUGCUGACUUGGCUGGUUGCCCGUUUGUACAAGUAACAGCGGUCUCUCCUCCUCUGCCACAAAAACGUCAUUUUUCACAGCUUGAGCAAUUGCUAGUUUGGUUAUUACAGUCUAAGACUACUUAG